AUGACAAUGCAAACCGUUUGCGGUCUAUACAUGAUACAGGAUUGCUUAGAUAACAUCGGAAAUGAGUUCGUGUUGAUGUUUAUGAAUCAGAAGAAGACGGGUUUGCCUUUCUUACUGUUUCUAACUACGCCCCAGCCUUCCCCGGUCACUGUUAGAAUAAGAACGCCCCACGCGCUCUCUGCAGUACCAAUUGAUAUGACACUUUUAGUGUAUAACACCAAUCUGACCAAUGUCGUCCUUCCAGAGACACUAAAAAGUAGCCUUAACUGUGAGAAGACGUACAAGUCACUUCUUGUCACAAGUGAUGACGUCAUAGUCUUGUAUGCAUCCAAUAUGCAGCACAAGAGUACGGACUCGAUGGUGAUAUAUCCUACAGACACUUUGUCUAAUGAGUACAUUGCCGUGUCAAGGAUCUCGGACAAACCUAAUCCUGCCUACAAAGGCUCUCAAAUAGGAGUGGUUGCUCUAGGGUCUGGCGUGAUUUCAUUCUAUCUGCCACCCACUGUCUCAGUGCUGUACAAUAGCACUACUUAUACAGAAGAGAUGCACGUGACAUUAAACAUGUAUGAAGUAUUCCAUCUCGUAACAACAGAUGUAACAGGUAUUGUCGUUAAAGCUAGCAUUAAAAUGGCAGUUUUUUGUGGACAUUCAUUUAUGAAAUUUGGGGAAGAUUCUGGUGAUCACAUGGAGGUAAUGCUCCCGCCCAUCCAGUCACUUGAUCGUCAAUAUUUGGUUGCCAGGAAACCAUCAAUUAAAUACAGGCCUGAACUUAUUCGUAUAGUAAGUACUUCAGUAGCAACACAUGUCAACAUCAGCAAUGGUAUCAACACUACUAGUGUGGAACUUCUUAUUGUCGGAUCUUACUUUGACUACGAACUAGCCUCUACAAGUUUUAUUAUAAACGCUGAUAAAGCAAUCUUGGUUGCUCACAUAAGUCCUUCCCGAAGUAUAGAUGGACAAAUUGGUGAUUCAUCAAUGUCUUUAGCAUUCUGCCCUAACUAUUUGUCUUCGUUCUAUACCUUUGGUGUUCCGGCGACAUCCGACUCGAACCUACAUCAGUACAAUCUACUUAUCAUUGUGGAGGAGACUUACGUGAAUAAUGUAUUAUUUGACGAAGUACCUUUGGGGCUUGUUAAUUGGACAAAUAUAGCGGACAGCGGAUUUGUGGUCACAGAAAUUGAAGAUAUCACCGACAAUAGACAUACACUCUCAAGUGAUGGACCUGAAAUUAGAAUGGCAGGUGUUAUAAAUGGAUUUGGAUAUGGAGAGCAGUUUCAGACUGUAAUUGGACGGUAUUUGGGAGUUCCAAGGGAUCAGAUCAACACCACUAAAGACGAGGACACGGAACCGUUCCGAGAAUCGAGUAUAACACAGAGAUUCAUAGACUACCUUCCUUCCGAAGAUCCGUUUUACAACGUAACUACAAGAUCCCGAGUACAGUGUUCGACCCUGUGUCUGGAAUGUAGUGCCUGUUACCUCCUAGCGACCAGGUCCCUCCUCGGAGUGAUAAAUGGACCGUUCACAUGCGCCCUUUACACCAGUGUCGCAGCCAGUGGACCGUUACAGCCUGCACCCGGAUAUACGCUUUACAGGCGUUUCUCCUAA